CUUUACAUCCGUGUUUGAGUGUGCAUGUGUGUGUGAUAUUUGUAAGGUGUGCGUAUGUGUGUUCUUAGGGAUGUGUACACUUAUGGAAGCUCUCGGUUAACAAACAGUCGUGCUGUGGAAAACCCACAGGAGGAAAUCCACUGCGUGGGUCCUUCUUUGCCCGCCGUCGCUUCCUGAUUGGUGUUAUAGUGAACAUGGCGGCUCUUAGUAAGCAUCUGACAGCCGGCAAUUUCUCCAUCGCAGGUGCUGUGCUGUUCGCCGUGUACGUAAUUAAACAAAGACUGUCUUCGGAAACUAAUGGAGAGAAAGGGGCAUCAAAACCACUGUUGGAAAAUGAUAAGGAUAGAAAGACAGAUAAAGCUGCCGUGGACAAGGUUUUCUUCAGGCGCAUUUGUCAUAUCAUGAAAAUCCUGCUGCCAGAGACUUUUUGCAAAGAGUCAGGAUAUUUGCUUCUGAUUGCUGCCAUGCUCAUGGCCAGAACCUACUGCGACGUCUGGGUGAUCCGUAAUGGGACCAUGAUUGAGAGUGCAAUUAUUGGACGCUCGACAACUGCUUUCAAAAGACACUUGGUCAACUUUAUCACAGUCAUGCCUUUUAUAUCUCUAGUGAAUAACUUCUUAAAGCUGGGACUCAACCAACUGAAGCUAUGCUUUAGAGUAAGACUGACCAAUCAACUUUACAAUGACUACCUGACGGGGUUCACAUACUAUCAGAUUGGCAACUUGGACAACCGCAUUGCCAACCCAGACCAGCUGAUAACCCAAGAUGUGGAGAAGUUCUGUAACAGUGUGGUGGACCUCUAUUCCAAUGUUAGCAAGCCUCUUCUAGACAUAUUAAUCUACAUCUGCAAACUCAACUCAGCCAUUGGUACUCUUGGCCCUGCUUGUAUGCUGGGCUAUCUGUUGUUCUCCGGUCUGAUCCUGACCAGACUGCGUAGGCCGAUUGGCAAGAUGACCAUAACCGAGCAAAAGUAUGAGGGGGAGUACAGAUAUGUCAAUUCUCGUCUCAUCACUAACAGCGAGGAGAUCGCGUUCUACAACGGCAACAGGAGAGAAAAGCAAACCAUUAUUGGAUCCUUUCAGAAACUGGUGGACCACUUGAAUCGCUUCAUACACUUUCGUUUCUCAAUGGGUGUCGUGGACAGCAUCAUAGCCAAAUACAUAGCCAUGGCGGUGGGUUACCUGGUUAUCAGUCGGUCUUUCCUGGACCUCACAAACCAACGGCAUCUGAACAGCUCAUACGCUGAGCGACUGGAAGACUACUACCAGAGUGGGCGGAUGUUGAUAAGUUUGGCACAGGCCCUGGGAAGGAUCGUCCUGGCAGGCAGAGAGAUGACCAGGCUGUCCGGGUUCACUGCACGAAUCACAGAAAUUCAGGAUGUACUUAAGGAUCUGAAUUCAGGCAAAUAUGAACGGACCAUGAUUACACAGCAAAGCAAAGAUGGAGCAGUAGAGAAAAUCCCCCUUAUCCCUGGGAGAGGUGAAAUCAUCAUCGCAGACAACAUUAUCAAGUUUGAACACAUACCUUUAGCAACGCCCAAUGGAGACAUUCUCAUCCGUGACUUGUCUUUUGAGGUGUCAUCUGGGACAAAUGUGUUGGUCUGUGGGCCCAACGGCUGUGGGAAGAGUUCCCUCUUCAGGGUUCUGGGAGAGCUGUGGCCUUUGUAUGGAGGACAGCUCACAAAACCAGAGAGAGGGAAGCUCUUCUAUGUUCCUCAGAGGCCCUACAUGACACUGGGUUCCCUCAGAGAUCAGGUGAUUUAUCCAGACACACAUGAGGACCAAAAGAAGAAAGGAACCUCUGAUCGGGUGCUUAAGGAAUAUCUGGACAAUGUCCAGCUGGGACAUAUCCUGGACAGAGAGGGCAGCUGGGAGACUGUGCAGGACUGGAUGGAUGUCCUCAGUGGUGGAGAAAAGCAGAGAAUGGCUAUGGCUCGUCUGUUCUACCACAAGCCCCAGUUUGCUAUUUUGGAUGAGUGCACCAGUGCUGUCAGCGUUGAUGUGGAGGACUUCAUCUACAGCCAUUGUCGAAAGGUUGGCAUCACACUGUUCACGGUCUCCCAUAGGAAAUCUCUAUGGAAGCACCACGAGUAUUACUUGCAGAUGGAUGGAAGAGGAAACUAUGAGUUUAAAUCCAUCUCAAAGGAAACAGUGGAGUUUGGAUCAUAAUAAUAACUUUGGGCCUUAUUCAUGAGGAAAUAUUUGUGUAAAUCAUUGAAGUUUUUCAGUUAAAUCAUUGCUUGUGAAAAUUUCUGCAAGAAUGGUUUUACGCUGAGAUUUGCUCUGCUCGUGUUAUGAAUGAGGCCUAUUGGUACUAAAUGUGGAUCUGAAGCAAUAUUCUGGAGUUCUCUUUAUAUUAUAAGAUGUUAAAUAUAACUACUUUUCUUCGUCUGAGGGAAAGGAUUGUAACUGGAUAAAGAUCUCUCAGGGAGAGGUUAUCUGUGGUAAGGAAUAAAUUUGGGUUUGAUAUUCUUUUAAACAUUUGUAUUAUAAAGUAGUGAUAUUUGUAGUUGGUACUUGAUUUAUGUUUGGAAAUAACACUGUUGCAUGCCACUGGUACAAUAAUGAGUCCAUAACACCAUGGAAACUGUAUUCAGGUGUAAUGAGCUGUUUUUCUGAAUUUAAUUUUAUGGAAAAUUAAUUUUAAGAUAUAUUGAUGCUUAAUAUAUGUUUGAGAACCUAUUGGAUAUUUAUAUGUGUAUACAUAGUGCCUUACAGACAUGUUUUACUGAAUUACAAAACAUACAAUCAAAUCUGUGUGAUUAUUAAAAAAAAAAAACCUGGAAUUAAUUU